AUGACUCCCAAAGAGGAAAGUCAGUACCAGGGGAUUGUUGAAUUGCUCCUGCAUUUUGGAUGGACGUGGAUUGGCCUUUGCACUCCAGACAAUGACAGUGGAGAAAGAUUUGUGAGCGCUGUGAAACCUCUGAUGCUCAGCAAAGGGAUCUGCAUUGCUUUAUCAAAAAGAGUACCAGAAAAUGAUCUAAAUCAAUUUAUCAGGCCUGGGGAACCUUUUUUCCUAUGGAGACAAGUUGGGGUAUUUUUUUACUAUGUAACCAAUGCAAUGGGCAUCAUGCUACUCCUGGCAAUAAACAUAGUAUAUGAGAAGGAAAUAGGGGCAAAAGUCUGGAUCACAACAGCUUUGCCAGAAGUCGGAACUGGCUAUUACAUCCCUCCAAAUGACUUCCAGUACCUCCAUGGUUCUCUGUCCUUUGCAAUUCAGACCGGAAUAAGGAGCAGCAAAGGUGACAACUAUAUUUUUUUAAAAAAGAUAUUUAUUAGGUUUUUUGAAAUAUUACAGCAAAAAUGAAAAAGAAAAGAGAAAAAUACAAAAUAAAAACAAUUAAAAACACACAUAUUUCCAGUUACUUAUUUUCCUUUAACUUGUUUCCCGGACCUCCUCAUACCUCCCUUUUUUGUAUUCCACUCCAAUUUAUUGGUUCAGCAAAUCCUUACCAUUAGAUUUUAACCCAUUUAUAAGCCUUUUUUUCAUAUUCUCUUAAAGCAUUACAGCUAGAAACCACUUAGUUACUAUCCAACAUCAUUCUAUCAUUCAUUAAUUUUACAUUAUUUCUGUAAAUAGUCUUUAAAUUUCUUCCAAUCUUCUUCCACCGACUCUUCUCCCUGGUCUCGGAUUCUGCCAGUCAUUUCUGCCAAUUCCAUAUAGUCCAUUACCUUCAUCUGCCAUUCUUCCAAAGUGGGUAGAUCUUGUGUCUUCCAAUACUUUGCAAUGAGUAUUCUUGCUGCUGUUGUAGCAUACAUAAAAAAGUUCUGUCCUUCUUUGGCACCAAUUGGCCGACAAUGCCCAGAAGAAAGGCCUCUGGUUUCUUCAAGAAGGUAUAUUUAAAUACCUUUUUCAGUUCAUUAUAUAUCAUUUCCCAGAAAGCCUUAAUCCUUGGGCACGUCCACCAAAGGUGAAAGAAUGUACCUUCAGUUUCUUUACAUUUCCAGCAUUUAUUAUCGGGCAAAUGAUAGAUUUUUGCAAGCUUGACUGGGGUCAUGUACCACCUGUAUAUCAUUUUCAUAAUAUUCUCUCUUAGGGCAUUGCAUGCCAUAAACUUCAUACCUGUGAUCCAUAACUGUUCCCAGUCAGCAAACAUAAUAUUAUGUCCAACAUCUUGUGCCCAUUUAAUCAUAGCAGAUUUCACCGUUUCAUCCUGAGUAUUCCAUUUCAACACCAAGUUAUACAUUCUUGACAAAUUUUUAGUUUUGGGUUCUAACAGUUCUGUUUCUAAUUUUGAUUUUUCCACCUGAAAGCCAAUUUUCUUAUCCGGAUUAUAUGCCUCCAUUAUCUGGUAAUAAUGAAGCCAAUCUCUCACUUUAUUUUUAGUUUCUCGAAACUCUGCAAUUUCAAUUUGUCUCCUUCUUGUUCCAAAAUUUCCCAAUAUUUCGGCCAUUUGGCCUCCAUAUUGAGCCUUUUCAGAGCUUUCGCUUCCAUCGGUGACAACCACCUAGGGGUUUUAUUUUCCAAUAAAUCCUUGUAUCUUAUCCAAACAUUAAACAGUGCUUUCCUGACAAUAUGAUUUUUAAAUGCUUUAUGUGCUUUGACCUUAUCGUACCAUAAAUAUGCAUGCCAUCCAAAUACAUUGUUGAAACCUUCCAAAUCCAAAAUGUCUGUAUUUUCAAGAAGUAGCCAUUCUUUCAACCAGCAAAAAGCUGCUGAUUCAUAAUAAAGUUUAAAGUCUGGCAGGGCAAAUCCACCUCUUUCCUUUGCAUCAGUUAAUAUCUUAAAUUUUAUUCUGGGCUUCUUGCCCUGCCAGACAAAUCUAGAAAUAUCUCUCUGCCACUUCUUGAAACAAUCCAUCUUGUCCACAAUUUGCAAUGUCUGAAACAAAAACAACAUUCUAGGCAAUACAUUCAUUUUUAUCGCAGCAAUACGGCCCAGCAGUGAAAGCUUCAAAUUUGACCAGAUUUCUAAAUCUUUUUUCACUUCGGUCCAACAUUUUUCAUAAUUAUCUUUAAAUAAGUUCCCAUUUUUAGCUGUCAUAUUAAUCCCCAGAUAUUUCACUUUCUUAACCACAGUCAGACCUGUCUCAUUCUGAAACCUCUCUCUUUCAAUCGGAGUUAAAUUUUUCUCUAAAACCUUAGUUUUUAGCUUGUUCAGUUUAAAUUCUGCCACUUGACCAAAUUCUUGAAUUAAUUCUAAAACCCUUUUAGUGCUAGAUUCUGGCUCCUGUAACGUCAAUACUAAGUCAUCUGCAAAUGCUCUCAGUUUGUACUGUUUGGCUCCGACCUGUAUACCUUUAACCAACCGGUCCCUUCUAAUCAUAUUCAGCAAAACCUCCAGGACCGAUAUAAAAAGCAGUGGGGAAAUUGGGCACCCCUGUCGUGUCCCUUUUUCUAUCUUAAAUUCUUCCGUCACCACAUUAUUUACAAUUAAUUUAUCCUUUUGUUCAGAGUAUAUUGCACCUAUACCAUUUUCAAAACCUUGGCCUACCCCCAUCCCCUGUAGGUUCUUCUACAAAAAGCUCCAAGAGAUAUUGUCAAAAGCUUUCUCCGCAUCCACAAAUAUCAGAACUGCUUUAGUGUUAAUAUUCACUUCUAGUUUUUCCAAAAUGUCAAUUAUAUUCCUCAAAUUGUCAGACAAGUGUCUUCCCGGGAGAAAGCCCGCUUGAUCUUUAUGAAUCUCUUCCAUCAAUACUUUUUUCAAUCUCUUGGCCAAAAUGUCUGCAAAAAAUUUGUAAUCCACAUUAAGUAACGAUAUAGGGCGGUAGUUCUUGAGCUGAGUCUUUUCAGUCUCUGUUUUAGGUAUAAGUGUAAUGUACGCCUCUUUCCACGACUCUGGUGCCCUUUUCUCUUCCAAAAUUUCAUUGCAGACUUCCUUCAAAGGUUGCAAUAACCACUCUUUCAAAGAUCUAUAAUAUCUAGAAGUCAGCCCAUCCGGUCCUGGAGAUUUGCCCAAUUGCAUAUUUUGAAUGGCACCUUCCACUUCCUAUUCAAAUAUUUUAUAGUUCAGCAUUAAUUUACUUUCUUGAGAGAUUUUUUGUAGUCCAUUUGUCUUCAAAAAUCAGUCUAUGUCCAUUUCUUUCUGUGGCCCUUGCAUAUAUAAUUGUUUAAAAUACCUCUGGAAACAGUUUCUAAUCUCAAUUGGGUUGUGUAUAUUCUUUCCUUCCACUUCUAAGUUUGUAAUAGUAUUUAAUUUUUGUCUUUUUUUCAUUUGCCAGGCCAACAAUUUCCCACAUUUAUUAGCUGA